AUGGAAUUAGUUAACUUUGAGCAAGUAAAACGCUCUAUUGAAGAAGGCACAAAACAUUGUCUUAAGAAACUUAAACAAGAUCCUUCAGACUAUGAGUGCCAUUCUGCACUUACAAUAAUACUUAAUGAGAAUUUAUCUGCACCUACAAAUUAUUCAAAAAAAGAACAAAAUGAAUUACUAAAUUGCUUAAAGUUUUCAAUUUUACCAUUAAACGAAGAAGAAGAAAAGAUCAAACUUUUAAAACAAAUUUCUUGGGAUGUGUUUACGUUGAUGAUGCCUUUUCUUUCAUUAUCUGAUUCAACCUCAAAUAUAACACAAGAAAUUGUUCAAAGCAUCGCACAACACAACAAUGCACGAGAGACACAUAUGAUGAUUAUGGAAAGGUUUAGUUGGCUUGAAUGGAAGAGUCAACAUUGCUCUACAAUGGAAUUUAGCAACUUAAUUAAAGUCCUAAGAAUAGUUCUCAAUCGAUUGGAUAGAAAAAUUUUGAUUAAAUUUCUACCAGAAACGGUUCAAGCUGUUAUUCGCGAACUUAAACUUGAUCCUACACGAAAAGAUUUAGAUAAUCAAGAAUAUUAUUUAUCGAGUUAUUUGAUUAUCACUUCAUUUGAGAAAUUUAUUCGAUCAACUCAUAUUCCUAUGUCCCCCGCCUAUUAUGAGAUAUACCAUCCCAAAUUUCACAUUUUAUGGGAACGUAAGCAGAGUGCAGGUGUUCGAACUAUUGAUAAAGCCAGAUUAAUUAGAUUAAUUCAAGCUUCUAUAAAAGCUCAUAUCUCUAUAGAUCAACUUGUGAAUUAUAUUAAUAGUUUAAUUAAAGAGCCAACUGUAAAAGACAGCAUAUUUUCUACUAAAGAUUUCCCUAUUUCACCAAGCGGAGUUAUAAUAUAUGUGGCAAGCGUUAUAUAUUAUCAAUUUAUGCACCAAGAUGAUUCCAGCGUAGAAAAAGCCGUAAUUCCUUUGUCUCCUGGAUGGUUAUUCAAAAAUAUUGUUUCCAUUGCUUCAAAAUGUCUAUCAAGCGAUGCUAAAGAACUUGAAAUGGCGGAUAAGACUUUACUUGUGUUAUUAUAUUUGACUGAGAGAAAUGAAGAAAAUACUAUUUCUUCAGACCACCUUGAGGCUAAAUUGUCCAAUGAUGGGACGACCAUAACACACUUAUAUCAAUUUAUCAGUGUAUUUGCAUCAACUUCACCAGAUGAAACUUUACGUUUCAUUUCCUUUAAAUUACUUUCGCGUUUAAUAACGCUGUGUAAAGAUGAUGCUAGGAUUUUUUUAUUACGUGAAUUAUUAACAAAUUGUCCAUUUGAGACCAUGAAAAGUGCUGCGAUUGAGAUUGUAAAGGAAAAUGUUGCUCAAGGAUUAAAUAAAGCAUAUGAAAGUAAAUCUAAUGAUAAGUCUACCAUUUCUGUUUUUGCUAGCAGAUUUAUUAUUGAAACUUUCUUUCCACAUAUACUUCGAUUUGAAUCACCCUCAAUACUGGAAAACGAAAAAGAAUUUUCAGAAAAGUAUAGUUUUAUUAUGCAAGGAUUGAAUUUUUAUCUUUUUUUAUUAAUGAGAGAUAAAGAGAAUUUGACUGGAGUAUGGAAUAAUAAACAGAUAAGUGAAACAAAUAAAGAAUAUAUAGAACCAAUAAAAAAGCAAUGUGAUAUCUUGGCAAUAGAAUUCGGCAAAAAAUUAGAGAAAUUGAAUAAAAAUGUUCAAGAAACAUCUCAUACCGGGCAUAAUCAUAAUGAUAUUUUAUCAAAUUUUUCCGAAAAAGUACAACCAAAUACAGUAGAAUUUAAUCUUUUAUUAGACGAAACUAAUCUUAAUAAUAUACAAUUUACUCCAUCUCAAGAAUUAGCGGUAUAA